UAUAUAUAUAUAUAUAUAUAUGUUCAUGUGUCUGUGUGUGUGUGAAAGAGAGAGUGUAUACAUAAAAUCAACAUAGUAUUUUAAAAGGUGUAGGCGAAAUGGAGUUGGUUUUGUUCCUCAUUUCUUUUUUUCUGCUUGCAACAACAUCUUCAUUUGCAGAAGCGGAGCAGGGACUCAACCAUUCAGCUUUGCACUUGACCUUGUAUCAUGGCUCAUCUCUGACCUCCCAGUCGGCACCAUCUUCCGCUGAGUUACUUUCUCACGACCAAGCACGAGUUAAGCAUCUGUACUCCAGACUGAUCACUAAGAAUAGAACAAUUAGCAGUGUCACAAACUCCACCUCACACAAAUCAGAACAUCUUUUCGGACAAAAGUCCGUCAACACACCCUUGAAACCUGGUCUGCCUAUUGGUUCGAACAAUUACUAUGUCAAGAUUGGCCUUGGCACUCCACCCAGUUACUAUCCCGUGAUUGUCGACACAGGCAGCUCAUUCUCCUGGCUGCAAUGCUUGCCUUGCCAAGGAUCCUGCUACAAACAGGCCGUUCCGAUUUUCAAUCCCUAUGCAUCGAGCACCUUCCAAGAGUUAUCAUGCAGAACAUCCGAGUGCAAUUCACUCAAAGAAGCCACUUCGAAUGACCCUAUUUGCAAUAAUUAUAACGAGUGUGUAUACCAGACUAGCUAUGGGGACCAAUCUUACUCUAAAGGCUACUUGUGUCGGGAUACACUGACCCUAGACCAAUCAGGAACACUACCUGAUUUUGUGUACGGGUGUGGGCAGGAAAAUAUAGGGUCGUUCGGUGAAUCAGCUGGUCUUUUUGGCCUUGAUCGUAAAAGGCUUUCCAUGUUCUCUCAGCUGUCAACCACAUAUGGAAAUGCCUUCUCCUACUGCCUCCCAACACGGAGCGGAGGCAGUGGUGGCUCAUUGUCCAUAGGAAGGGAUUCAUUGAUGGGAUCGUCCUACAAGUUCACUCCAAUGCUUCCUGAUGAACAAGAGACCGGCUUGUACUUCUUGAGUUUAUCCGCGAUUGCAGUGGCAGGUAAGACACUGGCAGUGUCGGAGGCCGAGUACAAGAUUCCAACAAUCAUAGAUUCUGGUUCGGUGCUCACUUACCUGCCUACGUCAGUAUAUUCAGUUCUCAGCAAGGAGUUCACAAAGAUCAUGUCCUCAAACCACGAGAUUGCCCCGGCUUUUGACAUUCUUGACACAUGUUAUAAAGGGAGUUUGAAGGAGAUGUCGGAUGUGCCUGAGGUUUGGAUUGUGUUUCAAGGAGAGGCCAACCUCACUCUUGCGCCCCAAAACAUUCUGUAUGAUGUGGCUGAGAAAAACAUUACGUGCUUGGCCUUCGUAGGAAACUCGGCCACAGAUGAUUUCUCCACUAUUGGAAACCAUCAGCAGCAAACAUAUAGGGUGGCUUAUGAUGUCUACAAUUCAAGAAUUGGGUUUGCUGCUGGGGGCUGCAAGUAGUUAUUUAAAUGAUAAGCAAAUUUAUCUGCACCCCAUUUUUCAAGUUUGUACUCUCAUUUACAAGAAGUAAAUGGUUAGUUUUUUUCAAAAUUACACAACUUCACUUCAAGACUAGCUUGGACAAAUAAAAAAUAAAAAAAUAAAAACCAAAAUAACCAACACCCUCCCCCAAAGAAACAAUUAGCACAAA